AUGGCGAACUGGCAGUUGUACGGCAACGUGGAGUUCAACGAGGGACGUGUUAUACUCACUCCUGCACCGUCCAUCUCAGAGAAGGACUCUCAGCAAAUAACGAACGGCGCUGUCUGGUCCAAAAACAAGAUCUCGUCAGCCAGCUUUUCGUUGCAGCUCACCUUCAGAUCGGUGGGUGCGUUUGGGUUCACGGGCGCGGGACUUUCGCUGUGGUUGCUUGACCAAGACCCGGGAUCCGACAUCUCCAAUUUUGGCGGACCGUCGCAAUUCUCUGGGUUGCAGAUUCUGCUGGACGCUAAUGAACAGGACCUGGGUCCUGUUUUCAGAGUGUACGUGAACGAUGGUUCGCGGAAAAUCAAUUUGGCACAAGACUAUCUUGGAGCGUACACUUACAGCUUCCAGGACUCCCAGGUGCCGUCCACUUUGAAACUGGGCUACGAGAACAGAAAGCUCAAGAUCACGUGCGACAACAAGCUUCUGUUCGAGACAGAUUCCAUCAACCUGGAUCCGUACUUGAAAAACAUGCGUGUGGGUAUAUCUGCGGCGUCCUUAAGGGACGUUAAGAAGGCCGAACAGUUCGAGAUUCUGAUGUUUAAGUUUUUCGACAAGGUGAUUGAGUCAUUAAAAGUAGAGGCUUCUGAGACGCUGGUUGCCAAGCACCACGAGCUGGAAUGGAGACAAGCCCGACAAGCACAGUUGGCAGAGGACAAUAAGAGAACACGGGAGCGGCAGAGUAGCAGGAGUGCCCCGGUGCCUCCGCGGCCAGAGUCUGCUGAAUAUGACCUGCUUGCCGGACUAGACGAAGUGAAGACCAUUCUCACGCAUCAGACGGCCCCACAGGUUCUGCAAAAGCAGUUGUUUGAUGUGACCAAGUCCAUCAAGAUGAUGAACGAGAAAAAUUCCGUCUACAACACCCAAAUGGAGAAAAGCUAUGACACACUGCUCAAGCAGACUGAGGAGCUCAAUGCCAAGUACGAAGCGCUCAGACAGUUAAUCACUAGACAAAACCAGCUGCUGGAGCUGGUGGAUGAGAGAUUCGUCACUUUCAACAGCUAUUUCCAGGGACAGUCACAAAAGCACGAAAGCAUCAACGACAAGCUUAAACAAUUGCAAGAAUUCUAUGCGAAAGGCUCGCGCCCGUCAGACUACGAGUCUGAAUUCGAGUCUAAGCUGAACAAGUUCAUGUCUGCGGUGAGACUGAUUAUGAUGCCUGUUCUGGUACUGCUCAUUAUCAUGACACUGCUGGUGUAUAAGCUGAGAAACGACAUCAAGCACGCCAAAGUGCUGUGA